UGAUCAACGCCUGAGCAGCACGACCGCCUGACGGAGCGGAGACUCGAGUGAAGACGUGAGGAAGAGGAGCGGAGAGGUGGUGUUUUUUUUUUUCUUCCUCCUGAGCAGCUUCUUGUUUUUGUGAAGGUGUCGAGGAGGAGGCCUGUGCUGCUUCUGCUGCAAACACGGACACAGAGAGACGAACCGUUACACCUACAGUGCCUGUAGCUGAAAACCAGCUACCAUGACGGACGCAGACAAGUUCCUGUAUGGGGACCGCGGUGCGGUGACCGACCCUCUGGCUCAGGCCGACUGGUCUUCCAAGAAGCUAGUGUGGAUCCCCAGUGAGAAGAUGGGCUUUGAGGCCGGCUCGCUCAAAGAGGAGAAGGGAGAUGAGUGUGUGGUAGAGCUGACGGACUCUGGCAAGAAGGUGAAGGUAAACAAGGAUGACAUUCAGAAGAUGAACCCACCCAAGUUCAAUAAAGUGGAGGACAUGGCGGAGCUCACCUGCCUGAACGAGGCCUCUGUGCUGCACAACCUCAAGGAGAGAUACUACUCUGGACUCAUCUAUACGUACUCUGGUCUUUUCUGUGUGGUGAUUAACCCGUACAAGUAUCUGCCCAUCUACACCGAGGAGAUAGUAAACAUGUACAAGGGCAAGAAGAGACACGAGAUGCCCCCUCACAUCUACGCGAUCACAGACACAGCCUAUAGGAGCAUGAUGCAGGAUCGUGAGGACCAGUCCAUCCUCUGCACUGGGGAGUCAGGAGCAGGAAAAACAGAAAACACCAAGAAAGUCAUUCAAUAUCUUGCACAUGUCGCCUCAUCCUUCAAGUCCAAAAAGGACCAGGGCAGUGCUGUGUUGUUACAUGGGGAACUCGAGAAGCAGCUGCUGCAAGCAAACCCGAUCCUGGAGGCUUUUGGCAAUGCAAAGACUGUAAAGAAUGACAAUUCCUCGAGAUUUGGAAAAUUCAUCAGGAUCAACUUUGAUGUUAAUGGAUACAUCGUUGGAGCCAACAUUGACACAUAUCUGUUGGAGAAGUCUCGAGCUGUGAGACAAGCUAAAGAGGAGAGGAGUUUCCACAUCUUCUACUACAUGCUGACAGGAGCUGGGGAGAAGCUUCGCUCUGAAUUGUGUCUGGAGGAUUACAGCAAGUACCGUUUCCUGUCUAACGGGCGCGUGACCAUUCCCGGACAGCAGGACAAAGACAUGUUCACCGAAACCAUGGAGGCCUUUAACAUCAUGGGCGUCCCGGAUGAGGAAAUAACUGGCCUGUUGAAGGUGGUGUCUGCUGUGCUGCAGUUGGGGAACAUGACCUUCAAAAAGGAGCGUAACUCUGAUCAGGCCUCCAUGCCUGAUGACACAGCUGCUCAGAAAGUGUGCCACCUGCUCGGCAUCAAUGUGACCGACUUCACACGAGCAAUCCUGUCUCCAAGAAUCAAGGUUGGCAGGGACUAUGUGCAGAAGGCCCAGACCCAGGAACAGGCAGAGUUUGCUAUCGAGGCUCUGGCCAAAGCCUCUUACGAGAGGAUGUUCCGCUGGCUGGUCAUGAGAAUCAAUAAGGCCUUGGAUAAGACCAAGAGGCAGGGAGCCUCCUUCAUUGGUAUCUUGGAUAUCGCCGGAUUUGAGAUUUUUGAGCUGAACUCAUUUGAGCAGCUCUGUAUCAACUACACCAACGAGAAGCUGCAGCAGCUCUUCAACCACACCAUGUUCAUCCUGGAGCAGGAAGAGUACCAGAGGGAGGGCAUCGAGUGGAGCUUCAUCGACUUUGGCCUCGACCUGCAGCCCUGCAUCGACCUCAUUGAAAAACCUGCUGGUCCUCCUGGCAUCCUGGCCCUGCUGGAUGAAGAGUGCUGGUUCCCCAAAGCCACUGACAAGUCCUUUGUGGAGAAGGUGGCUCAGGAGCAGGGUUCGCACCCCAAGUUCCAGAAACCCAAGAAACUCAAGGAUGAAGCUGAUUUCUGCAUCCUACAUUAUGCUGGAAAGGUGGACUACAAGGCAAACGAAUGGUUAAUGAAGAACAUGGAUCCUCUGAAUGAGUGUGUGGCCACUUUGCUCAACCAGUCUACAGACAAGUUUACCUCUGACCUGUGGAAAGAUGUGGAUCGUAUUGUUGGCCUGGACAAGGUGGCAGGAAUGUCGGACUCCGCGCCUGGUGCAUUCAAAACCCGUAAGGGUAUGUUCCGCACUGUGGGUCAGCUGUACAAGGAGCAGCUGAGUAACCUCAUGACCACCCUCAGGAACACCAACCCUAACUUUGUCCGCUGCAUCAUCCCGAACCACGAGAAGAAGGCUGGUAAACUGGAGCCUCACCUGGUUCUGGAUCAACUCAGGUGUAACGGAGUCUUGGAGGGGAUUCGUAUCUGCAGACAGGGCUUCCCCAACCGCAUCGUCUUCCAGGAGUUCAGACAGAGGUAUGAAAUCCUCACUCCGAACGCUAUUCCAAAGGGAUUUAUGGAUGGCAAGCAAGCCUGUGUGCUCAUGGUCAAAGCCCUGGAGCUGGACCCAAACCUGUACCGCGUCGGCCAAAGCAAAGUGUUCUUCAGGGCCGGAGUCCUGGCCUACCUGGAGGAGGAGAGAGACAUAAAGAUCACGGAUGUGAUCAUCAGCUUCCAGGCCUUGUGCAGAGGAUAUGUGGCUCGCAAAGCCUUUGCCAAGAGACAGCAGCAGCUGACAGCCAUGAAAGUUAUCCAGAGAAACUGUGCAGCUUAUCUCAAACUCAGGAACUGGCAGUGGUGGAGACUUUUCACCAAGGUAAAGCCUCUCCUGCAGGUGAGUCGACAGGAGGAGGAAAUGGUGGCCAAGGAAGAGGAGUUGCUCAAGGUGAAGGAGAGACAAGAGCAGGCAGAGGUGCUGAUCAAAGAAUAUGAGUCCAAGCAGCAACAGCUGAAUGCUGAGAAGGUGGCUCUUCAGGAGCAGCUUCGAGCUGAGACAGAGCUCUGUGCCGAGGCUGAGGACAUGAGAGCCCGUCUGGCCACGAGGAAGCAGGAGCUAGAGGAGAUUCUUCAUGAAAUGGAGUCUCGCCUGGAGGAAGAGGAGGAGAGGGUUGUUCAGAUGCAAAACGAGAGAAAAAAGAUGCAGCAGAACAUCACUGAGCUGGAACAGCAGCUGGAUGAGGAGGAAGCAGCCAGGCAGAAGCUCCAUAUGGAGAAAGUGACUACAGAUGCCAAACUGAAGAAACUAGAGGAGGACAUCAUGGUGCUGGAUGACCAGAACAACAAGCUUAACAAGGAGAAAAAACUGCUGGAGGAGAGAGUCGCUGAAUUCACCACCAACCUUGCUGAGGAGGAAGAGAAGUCCAAAAGUUUGCAGAAACUCAAGAAUAAACAUGAAGCCAUGAUCACAGAUUUGGAAGACCGCCUGAGAAAAGAGGAGAAGGUGCGGCAGGAGUUGGAGAAGAGCCGUCGUAAACUCGAGGGAGACUCCACUGAGCUCCACGACCAGAUUGCAGACCUGCAAGCCCAGAUUGCUGAACUCCGAGCUCAGCUGGCCAAAAAGGAAGAGGAACUCCUUGCUGCACUUGCCAGGAUUGAGGAGGAGUCUGCAGCCAAGAACACAGCCCAGAAGAAGAUAAGGGAGCUUGAGGCCCAGAUCUCAGAGCUCCAGGAGGACCUGGAGCUGGAGAGGCAGGCACGUUCCAAGUCUGAGAAACAGCGCAGGGAUCUCGGAGAGGAGCUGGAGGCCCUCAAGACUGAGCUGGAGGACACUUUGGAUACUACUGCAGCACAGCAGGAGCUGAGGAGCAAGCGUGAAAGUGAGGUUGCCCAACUGAAGAAGACGCUUGAGGAAGAGGCCAAGGUUCAUGAGCAGCAGAUGGCCGAGAUGAGGCAAAAACACAAUCAGGCAUUUGAAGAGCUUAACGAACAGCUGGAACAAGCUAAAAAGAACAAAGCGUCAGUGGAGAAAACCAAGCAGGCCCUGGAGAGCGAAUUGAAUGAGCAGAAGAUCGAGCUGCAGACUCUGACACAAGGCAAAGGGGACUCAGAACACCGUCGCAAGAAGGCUGAAGCCCAGGUUCAAGAACUGCAGGUCAAACAUGGAGAAAGUGAGCGCCAGCGGCAGGCCCUCGCUGACAAGAUAACCAAGAUGCAGUCGGAGUUGGACAACGUAAACAGCCUCUUGAGUCAAGCAGAGGGCAAGCACAUCAAAUCCAGCAAGGACCUUUCUUCUAUAGAGUCUCAGCUGCAGGACACACAGGGGUUGCUUCAAGAGGAGACUCGUCAGAAGCUCUCCCUGACCUCACGCCUGAAGCAGCUGGAGGAUGAGCAGAACAACCUGCGGGAGGCGCUGGAGGAAGAGGAGGAGAGCAAGAAGAACGUGGAGAAGCAGGUUUCCACUCUUCAGACCCAGUUGGCAGAGAUGAAGAAAAAGCUGGAACAUGAGGCCUCGUCUUUGGAGGUGGCCGAGGAGGGCCGCAAGAAAAUCCAGCGGGAGUUGGAGAACAAGACGCUGCAGCUGGAGGAAAAGAUGGCUGCGUACGACAAACUGGAUAAGACAAAAACCCGUUUACAGCAGGAGCUGGAUGACCUCGUGGUGGACCAGGACCACCUGAGGCAGACCGUGUCCAACUUGGAGAAGAAGCAGAAGAAAUUUGAUCAGAUGCUGGCAGAGGAAAAAAAUAUUUCUACUCGUUAUGCUGAGGAACGUGACAAGGCUGAAGCUGAAGCCAGAGAGAAGGAGACACGAGCACUGAAUCUGGCUCGUGAGCUGGAGGCCAUGACGACCCUGAAGGACGAGCUGGACCGGGCCAACAAACAGCUCAAAGCUGAGAUGGAAAACUUGGUUUCCUCCAAAGAUGAUUUUGGAAAGAACGUUCAUGAGCUGGAGAAAUCCAAGCGUUCCAUGGAGCAGCAGCUGGAGGAGAUGAAAAUCCAGCUGGAGGAGCUUGAGGAUGAGCUUCAGCUCACAGAAGAUGCCAAACUACGACUGGAGGUGAACUUGCAGGCCAUGAAGGCCCAGUUUGACCGAGACCUGCAGGCUAGAGACGAGCAGGGAGAAGAGAGGAGGAAGCAGCUUGUUAAACAGGUUCAUGAGAUGGAGCUCGAGUUAGAAGAUGAACGCAGGCAGCGUACUCAGGCUCUCUCAUCUAAGAAGAAACUGGAGCAGGAUUUGGCCACCCUUGAAGCCCAGAUCGACGCUGCCAACAAGGGACGUGAUGAUGCCCUCAAACAGCUGAAAAAGCUCCAGGCCCAAGUCAAAGAUCUAAUGAGAGAGCUGGAUGAGCUUCGUUUGUCCAGGGAUGAAGCUGUCAAUGAAGCCAGAGAGACUGAGAAGAAGCUCAAGACCUUGGAAGCAUCCAUGCUGCAAUCCCAAGAGGAACUGGCCAAUGCUGAGAAACUCAAGAGACAGGCUCAGACUGAGAGGGAUGAGCUCCAGGAUGAGCUUAGUAGCAGCAACACCAAGAAUUCUCUGCUGACGGAUGAGAAGCGAAGGCUGGAGGCUCGUAUCACCGAGCUGGAAGGGGAACUCGAGGAGGAACACCUCAACGCUGAGAUGGUCAAUGAUCGCGUGAGGAGAGCCACACAACAGGCUGAUCAACUGACCUCAGAGCUGAGUACAGAGCGCAGCAACUCUCAGCAGCUGGAGGGCGCUCGCUCACAGCUAGACCGCCAGAACAAGGAGCUGAAACAGAAGCUGCAGGAGCUCGAAGGAACCAUCAAGUCCAAAUAUAAGUUCACCAUCACCAGCCUGGAAGCCAAGAUUGCUCAGCUGGAAGAACAGCUUGACACAGAGUCAAAGGAGCGUCAGCAGGCCACCAGGGUGGCCAAACGAACAGAGAAGAAGCUGAAAGAGGUGCUGCUACAGAUCGAAGAUGAGAGGCGCAACACCGAUCAGUACAAAGAUCAGGCUGAGAAGGCAAAUAACCGAAUGCGUCAGCUGAAGCGUCAGCUAGAGGAGUCAGAGGAGGAGUUGACAAGAGCCAACGCCUACCGCAGGAAGCUGCAGAGGGAGCUGGAUGAUGCAACUGAGUCAGCAGACGCUAUGAACCGUGAAGUCAGCACUCUGAAGAACAAGCUCAGGUAACGUGGAGACUUGCCUUCCAACCUGCGACGUCCCAUGAAUCGUAUCGGGGACAGCGAUGAGGAUGCGGAGCCGCUGGGUGAAACCACUCAGCCUGCAGCUGAGUGAAAAUCAGGAGAAGAAGCCAAGAGAGAGUUAUGCCGACAAAAAUAAUGCAUAUAGAUUUAAUCUUGUGUUCCGCGUCCUGCUUUAAAUGUAAUGCAUUUCUAUUUGGCCAAAUCUUAUUCAUCUCAGCAAAUGUUUUCUAUGAAAGCUUUACAUAUAACUUUCUUAGUAUAUUUUUUUUCUACUUAACGGGUAUGUCAUAUAUCACUGUAACAUGCACCGCAGUUUCCAUUUUAUCUGUGCUGGAGGUUGAUGGGCUGUUUCUUUAAAUGGGGAAAACCACUGGUCACUUCAUGCUUGUUUUGGACACGUGUGGUUGUUCUGGGAGUUUUCGUGCUUCACAUUUGCUGGUGUCAGUAUAAAAUCUAUACUGUAAGCCCUUUCCCUCACUGUGUUAAUACCUCAGCCAGAUUGCACAAUGCCAACUCAAACACUUAAGACUGGAAAAUGGUCAAGUCUUUAAGUGGAAUGCAGUAAUACUGGUAAUGUAAACUCCAAUCACUGGCUUUACUUUAAUUAUUGGUGGUGGGUGAUCAUGUAUUGGAUCUGUAUACUGUUUUGUGCUUUCUGCAGCUGAAAGGGUUUCUAUUGGUUUCUACCUGGUGAAUUAAGCCUAUUUAAGGUACAUACCUGCCUCUGUGUUAUCCAAGAAAUUACAAGUCACUGAUGCCAACAUUGUAAGGCUGUUCUACAUUUUAUAAAAUGCCUUAAAUGAAAUAAAUGGACAAUAAAUGCA